ACACAGCUGUGGCGCGCCAGUCGCCCGUCGUCGCCAGCUCGUCGCAGACCGCCACGCUCACGACACUCCACGCGAGAGCUCCGUCACUGCAGCAGUGAGUCUGCACGGCGCGUCUGAAGGCAGUUCCCACUCGCCCUGCGCUAACCAGCGCACAGGGGGCGUAGUCCGGGGGAACUGCAAGCGGCCCGAAGAUCUGCGCGUGGUCAUCUCUCGAUACGGCGCGCAUGUCCGGGGGGCAGCUGGCGGGACCCUUCAGCGCGCCCCGCGAGGAGGUGGCGGGUCGCCAGGUGUCGCUGGACGCGCAUGUGGUCGCCAUCACGCCCUGCAGGAACGACGCCUGGACGGCCGGCUCCCGCUCCGAGAGAGACUACAAGAAGUCGGCGUGCGACCGCGAGAGAACGAGGAUGAGGGACAUGAACCGGGCCUUCGACCUGCUGAGGGAGAAGCUGCCCCUGUGCAAGCCCCCGGGCAAGAAGCUCUCCAAGAUAGAGUCCCUGAGGAUGGCUAUCCGCUACAUCAGGCACCUGCAGGCGGUGCUGGAGCCAGGGACAGGACACAACUGGGGCUUACCAGUGGUUGAGCAGCAGUACUGUGGGGCGUUGCAUUACCCCUACCAAGAGCCAUUACUGCCGGAAUACUGGGGGCCCCCACCACCACCCGACUGCCAGCUGCCGACUGGCUACUACUGAGCACCUUACACCUCAUGGACUGCCAGCUGCUGGCUGGCUGCUACUGAGUGCCUUGCCACCAUCCGACUGCCAGCUGCUAGCUACUGAACAUCUUGCCACCACUCGACUGCCAGCUGCCAGAUGGCUACUACUGAAUGCCUUACACUACCUGAUCAAGUACCAGCUGCUGGCUGGCUGCUACUGAGUGCCUUACACCUGCUUCACUGCCAGCUGCCGACUGGCUACUACUGAACAUCUUGCCACCGCCCGACUGCCAGCUGCUAACUACUGAACGUCUUGCCACCACCCGACUGCCAGCUACUGAGCGCCAUUCCCCUGUCCGACUGCCAGCUGCCAACUGGCUACUACUGAGUGCCUUACACCUGAUCAAGUACCAGCUGCUGGCUGGCUGCUACUGAGUGCUUUACACCUGCUUCACUGCCAUCUGCUGGCUGGCUGCUAAUGAACACCUUAUACAUGCCUGCUUGACUGCCAAAUGUUGGCUGGCUGCUACUGAAUGCCUUGCCAAUGCCCGACUGCCAGCUGCUAGCUACUGAACGUCUUGCCACUGCUCUACUGCCAGCUACUGAGCCUCAUUCCCCCGUCCGACUGCCAGCUGCCAACUGGCUACUACUGAGUGCCUUAUCCCUACCCGACUGCCAGCUGCCAACUGGCUGCUACUGAGUGCCUUAUCCCCACCCGACUGCCAGCUUCAAACUGGCUGCUACUGAGCACCUUACACCUGCUUGACUGCCAGCUGCUGGCUGGCUGCUACUGAGUACCUUACACCUGCUUGACUGCCAAACUGUUGUCUGGCUGCUACCGAGUGCCUUGCCACCGUCCAACUGUUACCUGCCAGUUGGCUGCUACUGAGCGCUUUACCUCCACUCGCUCGUACAUACGACCUCGUGACACCCUCGUUUUCAUUCUAGUGAUAGAUGCUGCACCAGCUCCACCCUAAGGAAGCCAUCACAAUAUGUCCUGUACUCACCUGUGUGCUUAUUUGUGCAGCUAACCAAAACAGUAAUGUAAUAGGGACACUGUCAAAACAUUUAUUAACAGUUACCUUAAAAACUACAGGUUUCUUUAACCUUUAUUGAUAUGUAUUUUUACUAUGUACUAAUAUGAAUAAAAACUUAACAUUUGUUGUUAA